AAAUAAAAGAAAAUAUGUCGCAUGUCGCCUUCAUUCUCUCCCCAAUAUAAAACAGCCCGUACACAAAUCCAAAACUCAGACAACUAAUGGAGGACAGGAACAAUAGCAGCGCCCUCCGCCUCUUAUCGCUGCUUCUCCUUCUCCUCCUUCUUACCCAUUCUCUCCCCUCCAUUUCCGCAGCCGAGAAUUCCCUCCGUAAAACCUAUAUCAUCCGCGUCGAAAAAAUAUCUUCCCUCCUGAUCAAUCUUAAACAAUGGUACCACUCCUUCCUACCGCCCACCACCGAAACAUCAAACAUAAAAAGAAUGAUAUACACUUACGAAAACACCAUCACCGGCUUUGCUGCUCGGCUAACUGAGAAAGAAGUGGAUUUGAUUUCUGCCAUGCCAGGUUUCAUCAGCGCACAUGCCGACCGUAUUUUCUCCAUCCAAACUACCCACACGCCCUCCUUCCUCGGCCUGGUUCAGGACGCACCCGGCAAUGGCAACUGGAAAGGAUUGGGAGGCGGAGAAGGCAUCGUAAUCGGCGUUCUCGACUCCGGCAUCUUCCCCGACCACCCGUCAUUUAGUGGCGAAGGGAUGCCUCCUCCGCCGGCUAAAUGGAAGGGAAGGUGCGACUUCAAUGCAUCGCAGUGCAACAACAAGCUCAUUGGGGCUAGAGCGUUCCUUAGCGGUUCGGCGUCCUCGAAAGGAAUGUUGGAGGAGAGUGAAGCUCUUGUCCCUCCGUAUGAUAACAUGGGGCAUGGGACGCACACGGCCAGCACUGCCGCGGGCGCAAUUGUGGAGGACGCGCAAGUGCUCGGCAUCGCCAAGGGUGUGGCGAUCGGAAUGGCUCCGAGGGCACACUUGGCAAUUUACAAGGUAUGCACAGAAGGAUGCCAUGCGAGCGAUAUAUUGGCCGGAAUGGAGUCCGCAGUGGAAGAUGGGGUCGAUGUGCUCUCCAUAUCCCUCUGCAGCAGCUCCGUUCUCUUCUUCGAAGAUGAAUUGGCAAUUGCUUCUUACCGCGCGGUCGAGAAAGGAAUAUUCGUGAGCUGCGCAGGCGGAAACAGCGGCCCAGAUCACAGAACCCUCUUCAACGAGGCGCCAUGGAUCCUAACCGUCGCUGCAAGCAGCACUGACCGCACCAUCUCAGCAACAGUUAAGAUCGGUAAUGGCCUGACUUUCUCCGGCAAGUCGUUAUACCAACCCAAUAACUUCACAUCCACACAGCUUGCGCUCGUCUACGCCGGCCAGGCAGAAAACCCAGCGGCAAGGUUCUGUGGCAACGGCUCCCUUGACGGUCUUGAUGUGAGGGGAAAGGUGGUGCUUUGCGACAAAGGUGGCCACAUUGGCUCGUCUGCCAAGGGCAAGUCCGUCAAAGCGGCAGGCGGAGCCGCAAUAAUCAUUUCAAACCGUGAACAGGAAGGGUAUUCCAUAAAAGCAAACCUGCACGUCCUACCGGCUUCGGAAGUAAGUUUUUAUGCUGGUUCAAAAAUAAAAUCCUAUAUAUCCGAUUCACAGAUACCGACAGCGUCAAUCAUUUUCGAAGGCACGAUUAUAGGAAUAUCCCCUGCUCCAGCGAUGGCUUUUUUCUCCUCACGCGGACCGAGCGUCCCUAGUCCUGGUAUUCUGAAGCCAGACAUCACCGGCCCGGGCGUCGACAUUCUUGCAGCCUGGCCUUUUCCAAUAGGUCCACCAACGCCGAAGCCCUUUAACAUAAUCUCAGGCACUUCCAUGUCCGCACCGCAUCUUGCCGGGAUCGCAGCGCUGAUAAAGAGCAACCACCCGAAUUGGUCCGCUGCAGCGAUAAAAUCCGCGAUAAUGACAACCGCAGACAUAUUCGACCAAAACAAAAGACCGAUAGUGGAUGAACGCGGUGUUCCGGCGGACCAUUUCACACUUGGGGCCGGCCAUGUAAACCCAAUGAAGGCUAUGAAUCCGGGUUUAGUUUACGAUACUGAAGUUGAGAAUUACACGCCUUACCUUUGUGGAUUGAACUACACCAGUCGUGAAGUAAACAUCGUGACGGGAAAGAAGAUUGACUGCUCGAAGAUUAAGAGCAUUUCUGAGGCCGAUCUGAAUUAUCCAUCGGUAUUGGUGUCGCUGGGAGAAGCCGAGGAGAACGUGACUGUUUGGAGGACGGUGAAGAAUGUGGGAGAGGCGAUGGUUGAUUAUAUGGUGAAGGUUGAUGAACCGAAAGGAGUUGUGGUGGCGGUGGAGCCGAAUAGCCUGAGGUUUGAGAAGACUGGGGAGGAGAAGCGUUUUGCGUUGACGUUUACGGGUAGCGGAAAGAAAGGAGAAGUGGCUGAGGGAAGGAUUAAAUGGGUUUCCAGUAAGUAUGACGUCAGUAGCCCAAUUACGGUCAUGUUUACCGCGUAGUGUAGUACUAAAGCUGUAAUGGGCCGGUUGCCCGUUGGUUUGGAUGCAUUUUAACAACAAAGAGUUUGUUGGGGAGAUCUUGUAUUGCUCGGAGAUAUUUGGAUUAUUGCUGGUAAUAACGGCAUUUCUGUGACAAAUGAUUUUCUC